GGUCACCCUGCCAUUCAUGAUCCACCAACCCAAUAGUGCCCACCCACCAGCCACCAGCUGCCUGCCUGCCUGGCUGCCUCAUUUACGCUUCCUGUUCCUCGCCCUCCCCUUCCUCCGAGUCAUCCUCGUCCAGUUCCUCUUCAGGCAGCGCUCCCUUCGCCCAGUCAUACAGCCGCCUCACCUCUUCCUGCAACGCUCUGUACUCGGUGGCGUGCUGCAGCUCCGCAUAGGUGGGCCGCUUGGCCACGUCAGGCCUCUCAGCUGCAGAGACACCAGUCAGCACAUGUGGUCUGUCGGUUCCUUUCGUCUUUCGUUUGUCACCUUUGAAGGCCUUCCACUUUGUCGUCAAGGCAGAGAUGUUCCUCGGGUGGUCGCCGUGAACAAAGGUGGACCCCGGCACCAAGCCGGGCUCCUUGUAGUAGCCCGGCUGGUAGGCCACGGCUCUGUAGGGCUUGUCACCGCUCGAUUGGACGGUCACACCCGCUCUCUUCUCGCCAAAUCUGUCCUUAAACUCACGCCGUUUUCUCGUCAUUUCUGCCACGAAUGGCCGCUCUUGCCCCCUCCUGCGUGGAAAAAUGAUUGAUUCCAUUCGAAUGAGACAUGCUCUGUUGGAAUACCUGUCCGCGGCCCGCGUAGUGUCAUCAAUCAUGACGGUCUGGAGGCCUUGCGCCAAAUCAUCCAUGCAGACGCCGGCAAAGGGAUUGUUUGGCGUGAUGUGUCUCCUCUCGGCUCUCUUCUUGGUGGCUGGGACGUAAGGCAACUUGCUUAUCUUGGUCACCGGCUCAUCCCAUUUGUUCCUGGGUGGGGUGCUCUGAUGCGGAGGGACCACAAUCCUGCCCACACGCAACAGACAGCCACAAUCGACGCUCGUCGACUCUUCCCCCAUCGAUAUCCAGGUCGUGCUGCCUGACCUACCUGCGCGAUGGCCUGAAGAGGACCGCUGCCUCCGUUCCCCCAUACACCUCUGAUUGGACGAAUCAUGCCAAGUGACAGUGAAUACUAUUCAUGUGGAUCUCAGCCCAGCCCUAGCUACCUGCGUCCACGACGCGCUUCCUCCCCCCCAUGUGCUGGUGCACAAGCCCCGACGGGUCUCGGAAGAAGCCGUCAAAGCCCACCCUCGUCAGGGUGCUGUGCUUUGCAGGCUGAUCCACCAUCCCCUUGCUGCCCGGAACCAUCCAUUUGCACGGGCGGGUGAUGGGGUCUGACCGCAUUCUCACCCCAUCUGCGACAGAAAGAGGGGGAGGGGCCUCUGCUUCUCGUCUCUCGCAGGGAGAACUCGUGGAGGCAGGCAGGGCAUCGCAGAUGGGUGGUGGCAGCGCCUCUUGGCUCCCCUCCAUCAGUGUCCGUGCGUUUGCU